AAAUAAUUCCCGCAAAUUACUAAAAACAUGAGCGGUUUUGAAAGCAGCCAGGUAUACUACACCUUCCAAGGCCAAACCACGGAGCAGGAGAAUGAAGAUGAAGCCAAGAUGGGCAAGGAGGAAGCCCUCAUCAAGUUCAUUAGAUUCAUUAGAGAGUGGAAGAACGAUGACAAAUACUUUUACAGGGAGCAGCUCAAUGAAAACGUUAGCAAGGAUAUGCACCUCCUCUUGGUUGACAUUGACGAUCUGUAUAAUUUUGACAGUAAAUUAUGCUCAAUGCUGAGAAAUCACCCAUUUGAAUAUUUAAAAAUCUUCGAAGAAGCAUGCCAAGAAGUGUAUGCAUCAUUGAAUUCUGAAGAUCCCUUUGGCCCACCACUAUUUGAGGUGCAAAUCAGAAGUCUCGAGGAUCCCCGCAUGCUGAGGAAGUUGGAUAGUGAAAUGGUUAAUAAAAUGAUUGUCGUCCCUGGAAUCAUCACUUCAGCCUCUAAAAGCCAGAUCAAGGCAUCCAAGUUGUGAGUUAGAUGCAGAAAUUGUGGUGACACUAAGCAGAUUAUUCUCAAAUCAGGACUAGCAGGCGCUUAUGUGCCAGGCCAUUGUGAUAGAGCAUCUCAGGAGAAGUGUCCACCAUCCCCAUAUUACGUUGUGCCAGAGGAAUGUGAGUAUAAAGACUACCAAAGCUUGAAAAUCCAGGAGGCUCCUGAAUUAGUUCCCACUGGGGAAAUGCCAAGAUCAUUCACUGUCAGUUGUGAAAGAAACCUUGUUGAUAAAGUCACACCAGGAAUGAGAGUCGUGAUUGUUGGCAUCCUUUCCAUCCUCAACAGAGCUAAAGGCAUGGGUGAGUCCAAGUCAUCCUCUACAAUUGGCAGAACAGUCAAAAUUUCAUACAUCAGUGCUAUCGGAAUCCAGAAAGAGUCAGGAGAGAACUCAUUAGGAUUCGCUCUUCCUCUUCUCAAAGAUGAUGACAAAGAGAAAAUAAUGACUAUGGCAAAAGACCCAGAAAUUUACCAUAAGAUCGCUAAGAGUAUCGGAGGUGCCAUUUAUGGAGGAGAUGAUAUCAAAAAGGCCAUCGCAUGCUUACUCUUUGGAGGAUCCUCCAAGAAACUACCAGAUGGUAUGAAGCUCAGAGGAGAAAUCAACAUUCUCUUAUUGGGAGACCCAUCUACAGCCAAAUCACAGAUGUUGAAGUUUGUCGAAAGAGCAGCUCCAAUCGCUAUUUACACCUCAGGAAAGGGAUCAAGUGCAGCCGGUCUUACUGCAGCAGUCAUCAAAAACUCCCAAUCAGGAGAGUUCCAGCUUGAAGGAGGAGCAAUGGUGCUUGCUGAUGGUGGAGUUGUCUGUAUUGAUGAGUUCGAUAAGAUGAGAACUAUUGAUAGAGUAGCCAUCCAUGAGGCAAUGGAACAGCAAACAAUCAGUAUUGCCAAGGCAGGAAUCACCACCAUCUUGAAUUCUAGAACUUCUGUUCUUGCUGCAGCUAAUCCAAUAAUGGGAAGAUAUGAUGACCUUAAGCAUGCAGCUGAGCAGAUUGACUUCCAGAGUGCUAUCCUCUCCAGAUUUGAUUGCAUCUUCAUUGUUAGAGAUAUUAGAGAUGAAGAAAAAGAUCGUAAAUUGGCUAAUCAUAUCGUAUCUCUGCACGCAGGAGCUGAUAAUUUUGACGUUGAAAAGACUGAGAUCGACAUUGAACUUCUCAAGAAAUAUAUCACAUAUGCCAAGGUUCACUGCUCUCCAAGACUAUCUCCAGAAGCAGGAUCCCUUCUCAAAGAUUUCUAUGUAAAAGAUAGGACAGAGUCAGACUUCGGUGAAGGCACAAGAUCUAAAGGAGGAAGAAUCCCUAUCACUGUCAGACAACUAGAAGCUAUUGUCAGAUUGUCAGAGUCUUUAGCUAAAAUGCAGCUCAGAGAUGUUGUAACAAGAGAGAAUGUAGAAGAAGCUCACAGAAUAUUCAAAAUUUCAACUCUCCAUGCUGCAAAAUCUGGUAUCUCAAGCAACUUCAGUCUACCAGAAGAGCUCAAAGGGGACGUUAAGAAGGUCCAGGAGCUUAUUAGAAGAAAAUUCGCUAUUGGGUCAAAGCUGUCUUACUCAAAGCUUCAAGAGGAACUCCUCAGAUUCUUCAAUAACCAAAGAUCAGUUGAGUAUGCUAUCUACGGAAUGAUCAAGAACCAAGAAAUCAAAAACUUCGAAAGCAGGAGAAUUUUACAGAGAAUUAAGUAA